AAAGACGCGGAGGCAAAUGAGUCGUUGAAAAAUUUUUAGAGCAACGAGAAUAUGCAUGUGAUACCAAAUGGUAACUGGGGCUGGGAAUUAUUGCAUCGAUGACUUUGUGAUCUUCUUACUGUAUGUAUUGCUCUGACGGCGUCUGAGCCAGUACUUGAAAAAUGACGAGGGAAAUUCGAUGUCAGAUUCUGCGCCCUCGCGCGCAGUGGUGUCGAGUGGUCGUGGUGUUGAACUUCGUGGUGAACGCGCUCCGGUUUCGGCCUUCUUUUUCGAACUACUCGCCUGAAAUGAUAUCGCGUGAGAUCGGCGACUACAGCGACCGUCGUGAUGUGGGCACAUGUUGUAGCAGUGUGUCCUGCAGCUGUUGUGGCCAAUUCGGUCCCAUUGGAUGCCCAAUCCGCUGCAGCGACGCGAGUGUAGAAGACGUCAGUGAAGAUGGCGGAUUCGCCAAGAUCGCUGGCGCGCUUCAAAGGGCAUAUCAAGAUGAGGACCGCAAUAUUGUAUCUUGGUUAAACAUUCUUCGAGAUUUGCAGAUCGGAUCGGUCCUGAAUGGCAGAGAUGUGGCUGAGGCGCUGAAAGUGGGGAUGGCGGGUCCGUUGCGGCUGCCAAAUCCGCAAAAACAAAAACCGCGAAAUAGUCGAAGCAUGAGCCCAAGUUUGCCUGGCCUGAGCGAGAACUUGCACAGUGAAAUCUUCCGUUACUAUUACGCGUCGGACCUGGGAACUGCGGCGUACCAACUCUUUUCUUUAUGGGCAUGAGUUUCAGAAGCCAAGUAAUGCAUACGAAGCCUCGUCUUCUUGUAUGAUCUAGUUUUUUAGGUCACGAGCAAUGAAUAGACAAAACUCAAGUACUUAAUCUUAUUUUGAGUCAGUAGUAAGGCUAGGCACGCUCAAGCCACAUGCAUACCUGUGGGAGGCCCAUUGUGGAGUUUCUUUGCACCAGCGAUUGACUCAUGCAGGCCGUUUCCCGUUUGCGUUCAUCUGAGUCCCAAUUCGUGAUGUAAGAUAGUAUCUAUACAGUUUAGCUGUCCUUACAAGUACAACUUGAAUAAACGCUUGAUUAGAAUAUUCAUAGAAUAUUUUUGACUAUCUAAGGUUUACCCGCUUAUAGAAAUGUUUAUAAAGUAAGUUGCUGUUAUGUCGUGAUAGUAAAAACUUCCUUUUCAUCUUGGCCCGAUUACCCGAGGGACGAGAAUUGGUUUGGGUACAGCUGGGGCGCGCUUGAUGAGCUGCAUAAACGAAUUACGCGAAGCGCGCCAUGGAUGACACUCGCUAGAAGUGAAACCAAAAGAGCCGGGGAAUCCGCUACACGUAGACCCGAAGGAGCCACAGGUAACAACAGACCCGCCGCUGGACCAAGUCCGACCACAAUUCGACGCGGAGGAAGUGGAGGCGCACAAAGAUCUGCAAACAAUAAUGAUGGUGCUCAUGACAUGCACAUUCCCACAACAACUACUAGUUUUCGCAGUGAUGUGGGGAUGAUACGCAACAUAGGCCCGAGCCGUAGGAACGUUGACGCUCGGCAGAGUACCAGAGCCGUUGGACACGACAUCACAACCGUGGACACAACUGUGCAUAGUCGGACUACAGUCAACAGGCAGCCACGCAUCAAUGAGAUAAAGAGUCCGAUGGAAUUUGAUCCACCUGCUCCAGCACACCUUGUUCUUGAAGAGCUGCGUGAAAAGUUUGCCUGCGUGCGUACAUUGGAUCGUCUCAUCUCGUGGAUAGGCGAGAGGCUUCAAAGCGAGCCUUGGCUUUUGCGACGAACGUCCUCGCCAAACAGUCGAUCGAAGCAACAGGGAAUUCCAGACGAGGGCGAAAAAGCGCUUAACGACUAUCUUGAUUUGUACAAAUUCUGCUGCAAAAUAUGGGCAAUGCUCAUUUUCACAAGCGAGCUAUCGCCGAAAGAUUUUUCACAUCGAGGGUUUGCCAGAGACGUGGAGACGCGAUACGACAAUUAUGAGGGUGGCGUCGAGCAAGUGCCAAAGGAUGGCUUCCACGCGUGGGUUUUGUUAAACGAGGCUCUCUUAUCCGCAACGGGCGGCCUAAUAACUGUAUUCUGCACGCUGACGACACGGAUGAUGGAAGCCCUUGACCAACUUGCUGCCAAGGGUGUUGGGAGAGGCAAGAAAAUCAGACUCUUGAAUGCUAUUAAUGUUGGGACUGAUAGUAGAGACGCCAUCCACAGUGUUUGCCGAGAAAUUGCGCUCGGUGCUAUGAAGUUUUCCAUGCAGCUGCUCGAUUUGUUGCGCGAUGCGUUCCAGACGCAAAUAGCCGGGAAUGUGUUGGCCGAGACUAUGGCACUGCGGUGCCGCACAACGCAGACCGUUUUUGAUGUCCUCAGGGCAUUGGCGGAAGGGGGGCACGAAGUUUCAGAAGUCACGGGGGCCGUGUUGGGUUCAAACGAGCCUGUGCAGAGUAUACUUGGUAUGUCAACUGCUGAGCUGUACCCCCUUUCCUGGGUCCUCGAGGGCGACAACGCUUACGUGGAAACACUAAAGAAGGGAGAAAUGAAAGUCAUUGAGGGAUUUCCUGUUCUUCUAGACCAUGAAGCAUGCACACUUCCGCAGGAGGCUGAAACUUGUCAGGUCAAAGGUGACCGGUUUGAGCAGCAACGGAAUCUAGAGAGGAAUCCAGAGGUGGUCUCUCAAAUACAGGACAAAGGCUGUGUUAUUCCGUUGUGUUGCUAUCGCAGGGCAUGGACAUUCUUCGUUUUUACGAAAUUCUGGAGUUGGAUACUGCAUAGUGCCCUGGCAACGACAGGCGUGGACGGCGACGAUUUCCUCAAAGGAAUAAUUGCAAAUAUAGCAUUAUUCGAACUUUUGGAAGACUCGAAAAUACGACUCCCACAAGACGCUGCUUCCUCAUCGGUUCUCUUCAAACUCUUCUUGGAUGCCAAACCCGAGCAACACCAAGGGAGAGAAGCUGCUUUAGCGACCUUGUUGCGCGUGCCUCCAAAAAUGAGAAAGGUGAACGAGACCUUUACUGAAGAAGAGAAGGAAAAGGUACUCGAGCUUUUUCCGCAAGCAGCAGACAAAGGCCCUUUAGGGCAUGCACAACUGAGCGAAAUACUGUAUCAAUAUUUGCACAUCGUGCUGAGCGUUUUGAUCAAUUUAGGUUUUUAUGCUGAAAACUGCGAUAAGGCCCAUCUCACGAGAAAUGAAAGUUGUGAACCCGCAAAAAAUAUGAAUUAUGGGGCGAUAUUGACGCCAAGAAUAGCAACACGAGCAGGGGCGUCGCCAGCUGCUCAGGCUAAUCCUGCAACAGACCGGACAAGCAUUAAAGGAGAUGUGGAGCCCGAAAACGGUGCUCACGUUCCUCGACGGGAGGUACUUCUGUUUUCGCUGACGGCGAGCAUCUAUGAAAAAUCUAGUCGUGGCAGCAUAUCCAGGCAGUGGGUACAAACGUGGCCUACCCUUUUCGACCGCCCAGCUCCGUGCACCCAAGCCGUCAGAAUUAGCUUAGUCGUGGUGAGCGCAUUGAUUGCCCUCUUUGUAAAAGGCCUAACGACUUCGGUGCAGCGAGAUUUGCCGAAUUAUGAAUUUAUUCGAGCGGUCGCCAACGGUAGGGAGGACGCAGUGGAGGCGACGGCGCCGUUUUUGCAGCGCAACGAUCAAAUGGUCGCUCCAUGGGAUCCGGUGGAAGUGACGCCGGCGGCGCCGUUUUUGCAGCGCAACAAUCAAACAGUCGCUCAAUGGGCAAACGCGACAACUACGGCGAAUUUGAUGUUUGAGCUUCUGCGAAACCUCCAUUGGGCUGCUGCACAUACAGAGCGGACGGUAAGGGUGGAUCUGCUGUUUUGCCUUUCUUGGUUGUUGCCAAUGCUGUCUGACACUUACCACAUCCAUCGGUGCGCGAUGUCGAACAGAGUAGACGGCCUUGGCAUGCAGCAGAACGAGAAAACAUGUCUUGAAAAUAUUCCGCCGUCUCGUCAAAACAGUACCUUCCAAGCGACGUCAAAACUGCACCACCAUUCUUCCCAGAAAUGGAAGGAUGGAUCUGACUUUGAUGCGGGUUGGAACUUGCGGCUCGACCUUCGGAUCCGCGCUGUUGGGAACAUGCUUGGCCAGGCUCUUUCCACCACACGGCAUUUGAUAACAGAUAAAGAACAAGGCCUUCGCUCGGAAACGGAAGCAGUGAAAAAUACGCUUGAAAUUAUUUGCAAAGACGUGAAUCUUGAGCGCAUCCUCCAGUUUCAGUCACUGCCUAAGCCUUCACGAGCGGCGGACAUUGAGGACAAAAUCAAGACCCAUGUCCACAACUUGAAAAAGCUUCAUUCGACAAUGAAGGAUAAGGGUGGCAUUCGUAAAAACGAGUGA